AUGACCCGCCUAGCCCGUCAUCCGACGCGCACUCAGUCCAGGCAUCUCUUUUCUACUCUCUCUGUCGCCUUCUUCGCCCUUGUCGCCCUCGUAUGUCUGUCUCCAGUAGCAGUCAACGCUGAGGAGUCUCACCCAGAGUAUGGAACUGUGAUUGGUAUUGAUUUGGGAACAACUUAUUCAUGUGUUGGUGUUCAACGAGGGGGUGUCGUUGAAAUCAUCGCCAACGACCAGGGUCAUCGUAUUACGCCUUCAUGGGUCAGCUUCACUGAUGAGGAACGCCUUGUCGGUGACAGCGCUAAAAACGCCUUCCACUCCAACCCCGAAAACACUGUCUUUGACGCAAAACGACUUAUUGGCCGCAAGAUGGACGACCCUGAUAUUAUCCGCGACAUUAAGCACUGGCCUUUCAGAGUACAGGAAAAGAAUGGCAAACCCGCUAUCACUGUCAAGCACAAGGGCGAGGACCGUCACUUCACUCCUGAGGAAAUUAGCGCCAUGGUUCUUGGAAAGAUGAAGGAAACCGCUGAGGCUUACCUUGGACACAAGGUCACCCACGCCGUUGUCACCGUCCCAGCUUACUUCAAUGACGCUCAGCGCCAGGCCACCAAGGAUGCCGGAACAAUCGCCGGUCUCCAGGUUCUCCGUAUCAUCAACGAGCCCACUGCCGCCGCUAUCGCCUACGGUCUCAACAAGAAGGGUGGUGAAUCACAGAUCAUCGUCUACGAUCUCGGAGGUGGAACUUUCGAUGUCUCCCUUCUCUCCAUCGACGAGGGUGUCUUCGAAGUUCUCGCCACCGCUGGAGAUACCCAUCUCGGAGGAGAAGAUUUCGAUAACCGUGUCAUCGAGUACCUCACCAAGUCCUACAAGAAGAAGACCGGUACCGACGUUUCUAAGAACCUCCGCGCUCUCGGUAAACUCAAGCGUGAAGUCGAGAAGGCCAAGCGUACUCUUUCCAGCCAACAGAGCACUCGCAUUGAAAUCGAGAGCUUCGAAGACGGAAACGACUUCUCGGAGACCCUCACCCGCGCCAAGUUCGAAGAACUCAACAUGGACCUCUUCAGGAAGACCAUGAAACCUGUCGAGCAGGUUCUCAAGGACGCCAACGUCAAGAAGGAGGAUAUCGAUGAGGUCGUCCUUGUUGGUGGUUCCACCCGUAUUCCCAAGGUUCAACAGCUCCUCAAGGAGUACUUCGGUGGAAAGGAGCCUUCCAAGGGAAUCAACCCCGAUGAGGCUGUCGCUUACGGUGCCGCUGUCCAGGGAGGUAUCCUUUCUGGCGCUGAGGGAACCGCUGAUGUCGUCCUCGUCGAUGUCUGCCCCCUUACUCUCGGUAUUGAGACCACCGGUGGAGUCUUCACCAAGCUCAUCCCCCGUAACACUGUCAUCCCCACCAGGAAGUCCCAGAUCUUCUCGACUGCCGCUGACAACCAGCCCACCGUCCUCAUCCAAGUCUUCGAGGGUGAACGUUCGCUGACCAAGGACAACAACCACCUCGGCAAGUUCGAGCUCACUGGCAUUCCCCCUGCUCCUCGUGGCGUUCCCCAGAUCGAAGUCACCUUCGAGAUCGACGCCAACGGUAUCAUGAAGGUCGCCGCUGCCGAUAAGGGCACUGGCAAGUCUGAGUCUAUCACCAUCACCAACGAGAAGGGCCGUCUCUCUCAAGAGGAGAUUGACCGCAUGGUUGCCGACGCUGAGAAGUUCGCCGCUGAGGACGAGGCCCAGCGCAAACGCAUCGAGUCCCUCAACUCCCUUUCUUCCUUCGUCUACGGACUCAAGACUCAGCUGGGUGACCAGGAAGGUCUCGGUGGUAAGCUCUCGGACGAGGACAAGAAGACCAUCCUUGCCACCGUCAAGGACACCACUGACUGGAUCGACGAGAACGGCUCGAGUGCGAGCACUGAGGAUCUGGAGGAGAAGCUUGCUGAGGUACAGGGUGUUGUCAACCCCAUUACCUCCAAGCUCUACUCUGGAGGAGCCGGCGCCCCUGGAGGCGACGAUGACGACGACAUUCUCCGGGACCACGACGAACUUUAA